UAGAAUAUAAUUGAUAUUCCUUGAGCUAAGAACACAGACAACAGUUGUUCUUGGCCCAGAGCAUUGACUUGAACAAUUUAUUUCACCAUGCACACCAAUAUUAUAAUUGUUAUAUUAUUAUCAACCACAUAUGUCGCUGAACCGAUUUUUGUUGAAUCGGAUCUAAAAGACAUUUUUCAAUCACUCUACGGACAGUACCUUCAACAAGGAAUACCUUUUAAAGAAAACACAUAUCAAGGCAAUACACCCAUACUGCGUGAGUAUGAUUUUAUUGUUAUAGGAGCAGGUCCGGGAGGAAGUGUCAUUGCAAAUCGUUUAUCGGAAAAUAACGACUCGUCAGUGUUAAUAUUGGAAGCUGGACAAGACGAAUCUGUGUUCACGGAUAUUCCAGGUGCCGCCCCAUACUUACAAUCAACAGACUACAAUUGGGGAUACAGUGCCGAACCCACCGACAAUGGAUGUUUAGGUAGAGAAAACCAGCGUUGUUCGUUACCAAAAGGAAAAGGUUUAGGCGGCUCAUCAAUCAUAAAUUUUAUGAUGUAUACAAGAGGGAGCAAAGAAGACUACGACAGCUAUGCAGAACUUGGAAUUACUGGUUGGUCUUACAAGGAUGUAUUGCCCUAUUUCUUGAAAGCUGAAAACAACUCGAUACCAGAGUAUCAGAAUUCAGAAUUUCAUUCAAACAAAGGGAAUUUACAUGUCGAAAGAAUAAAAUAUCAAACGCCACUCGUUGACAAGUUUAUAGAAGCGGGAGGCGAAUUGGGAUUGCGGGAAAAUAUAGACUACACGGUUGAACCAGAAAAUGGAAUAUCACGUGUACAAGCUACAACAAUAAAUGGAUACAGAAUGAGUUCGGCUAAAGCAUACAUUCGUCCAGUGAAUAACCGCCAGAACCUUCAUGUUGCAAUAUUUUGCAGAGUGACCAAAAUACUGAUUGAUCCCCAAACAAAAGAAGCUAUUGGUGUAGAGUUUGUUAAAAAAGGAAAAACCAGGAAAGUAUGGGCUAAAAAGGAAGUUAUAUUAUCAGCUGGACCAAUCAAUUCACCUCAGUUGCUCAUGCUGUCCGGAAUUGGACCAAAAGAACAUCUAGAAAAACAUGGAAUACCUGUGAUCCAAGACCUACCAGUUGGCAAAAACUUAGAAGACCAUUAUGCAACAAUCGGUUUAAAUUUUAAAAUCAACAGAACAGGAGUAGCAAUCAACGAGCAAGCUUUGUCAGAUCGAUUGGUAUUCGACGAUUGGUUUAAUUUUGGCGAAGGUCCUUUAACUUUACCAGGGGGAGUAGAAGGUUUAGGUUAUAUAAAAACACCGGCUGGCAAGGAAGUUGAACUGAUAAUUCUAUCUUUUUCACCGACUGGUGACACAUUUAAUAUAGUACCCAUGCUAUUGUUGCCAGACGCACGUGGAGAAGUCACGUUAAAAGACAAAAAUCCUGGUCACUGGCCAAUUAUACAUUAUGGAUACUAUCAAAACAAAUCUGAUUUGGAUACAUCUGUUUAUAGUCUUAAGUACAUAGUAAAGUUAGUAGAAGAAACUAAAGCUUUUGAAGAUUUAGGUGCGACAGCAGACCCUGUUACCAUAUCAGAAUGCGAUAAGCUCCAGUUCAAAUCAGAUGGUUACUGGGCAUGUUUCGCGAAGUACAUGACAACUAGUGUACAUCAUCAAUGUGGUACAUGCAGGAUGGGUGACGUUGUAAACAACAAAUUACAAGUCAUUGGAAUCAAAGGACUAAGAGUAGUAGACUCUUCCAUAUUACCACACGUUCCGAGAGCACAUCUUUACGCUCCGACUGUAAUGGUUGGAGAAAAAGCAGCAGACCUAAUAAAAAAUGAUUGGUCGCAAAACUAAACAUUUUAAAACACGUAUACACACCAAAUAAUUUGUAUAAUUUUAGAAACACGCAGAGUAUUAUUAUUAAUUAGUAUUAUAUAUUUUGUAGGUCAUUAAAAAUGUCGAUAUACUCAAAUGGUGUAUUUGUAACAUCUAUUAAUUUUAGUACAAGCUUUUUUAAUGUAAAAAAAGACCGAUGUUUAUUAAAAAAACCACAAUUAAUUAAAAACUACAAUUAAUUAAAUUUAAUGCGAUUAUUACUAUUCCAUAAUCAUCAACGAUAACAGAAAUUAAACCAUCAUCUAAAACACGAGUUUAGAUUAUUAUCACUUGUCACAAUCAAUUAAUUAAUCGGAUCAAAUGAAACAAUAUUUUCUUAACUACACUGAUAUUUUUCAAAUUUGAAAUUAUAAUAAUAUUGUAAUAAUUAAAUAAUGGAAAAAAUUAAUUUAGUUCCAAACUUGUGUGGGAUACUCUUUAUGAAUAAUACAGUAAAAAAACCAAAAGAAAUUAACCUUUUUACCUAAAAAGAAUGGAAUCUUUUUCAUUAUUAGUUUUUAAAAUUUUCCUUAAAGUAGAGUGCAGAUCGUAUAUAGAAGUUUUUUUUAUAUUUAUUCUAACAGAUUUUUUUUUUACAGACCAAAAAUAUUGUAAUAACUUGAAAACCAUAUGAACAUUACAAUAAAACAAACAGUAGUAUACACCUAAAGUAAACAAUUUAUAUUCUAAUAAUAUACUUCGGUAGUCAAAGCAUGUGUACAAAUAAGAACAACAACCGCACAAAACGUCUGCAAAACAGAACAUAAUGAUAUUAUGUACUAUUAUAUAAUGUAUGCUAGAUAUAAUUUUACUGAAAUCGUUUUUUAUUUUGAUAAAUUAAACUUUUACUGUAAUUAAACUUAAUUUGCAGACAUGAAAUCAAAAUACUAUGAAUUAACAAUUUAAAAGAAGUAUAAUUGAAUAAUUUAGUAAUAAAGAGUAGGACCAAUAUUCAAAUACUAUACAUAAAAUAUUGUACUUAGUAGGUAGUUGUAAAAACAGUAAUCAUAUAAAAAUAAAUUAUCUAUAAUGUAAAGUGUAUCUAAUAAAAUUUAGAAAAUAUUAUACAUGGGUCAAAACGCCAAAUAUGAACAAACGUUUAGACCUACCCCCGACGAUAAUUUUUAAAUAUUACACUGCAUGUAUGUUACGAUUAAAGAAAUGUUCUCAAGUU